AUGAGUGUACUGCCAUCAUUGCCAACGGAGCUUGUUUGCCAUAUCCUCGGCUACCUACGGCCCACCACGGACCUUCACAGAUACAACUUACUUGAAGAACAACAAUGGGACAUCAGGCAUUGGGGUCGCACGGUCGCUGCUGUUGCGCGCACUUGUCGUACCUUACGGCCUAUCGCCAUACCUCUGCUGUACAGCCGUUAUGAGGCUGCGUUUCACAGUCCAGUCAUACCCUUCAUCGAGCAUUCAACCGUCGAAUAUCCUCGACACCAGGGCGUCAGGCAUGUUGUGAUUCGUGCAGAUAGCAGCACCAACGAUAAAUAUACGCUUACACCAGAACGGUUGUCACAAUAUCGUAUCUGGACACAGGGCUCUGAACUGGACUCGUAUAUGCUCUCAGAGACUCGGACGCUCGCCUUCGAAGACGCAGGACAGAUCGAACUUUGGAGACUGAUCUCUCAAGCACCAAACCUAGAAUUCUUGAACGUCAUAGCACACAAAUGGCUUAUGAGACAUGUUGGCAGCCCCGAUCAGCCACCUGUGUGGUUGGUUCCCAUCGUCUCAGCAGCUCAGGGUAUUCACACAGGUCUGAAAUACAGCGGCUGGUUUCAGAAGCUGCAUACCCUCAGCUUCGAUAUGCAUGGUCAUUGUGGCACCUGGCUCGUUCAGCUCCUGUCUCUGCCUUGCCUCAAAUCUCUAAGCCUCGGGUCCUGGGGUAUGCAGCCGUAUGAUGAUUGGGAAGUAAGCCUUGUAUGGCCAGAACCGUCAGCAACAUCAAGCGUGCAAGAUAUCAGCCUCUGGAGCGUGUCCGUACCUGCCGACGUUAUAGUCAGGAUCACAGACUAUUGUAUAGCACUCAAGUCGUUCAAGUGUCAUCGCGCCUUUAACAAUCGUGUCGGGACAGAUAUGCGCGGAAGAAAGUGGUGCGCUGAGAUAUUGGCCGGUUUGCAACACCACAGCCAGACACUUGCAUUGUUGAUCCUCGAUCCUCUUGACAGACACAGUUUAUGGCAUUUGAACAGAGAGUAUGAGCGUCUCCAGGGCUUUCAGAGCCUGGUCGCUCUAGAGUCUCUAGAACUCCCCUGGCAUGUCAUUAUGGGCUCUCCAGCUGGCGUCAAGAACGUGCAAAACAACUGGGAACCUGUAGAUGGCUGGGGAUAUCCCGAUCUGCGCGACGUUUUGCCAAAAAACUUGAAACAUCUCAAGAUCAACAAGACCGAAUUCAACACGCCAGACAGUAAGGGUAUCGAACAAGCUUUGUGUAGCGCGCUACCUUCCCUAGACGCAGAGAAUGACGUCUUCUUCUCAAACAGUAUUGAAUUAGCUUACAAUGGUGUCCACUACUACAAGCCCCUCCCUAUGAACUUCUGGCGUAUCGAAAACGCCUUUCGAAAAGUUGGCUGCAGAUUUGAAUAUAAACUUAGACUAGACCCUUAA